UGCAGCUACUGCGGCCGAGCGUUUCAGCGUGCUUCCGCCCUCCAACGCCAUUGUCGCAGUGCUCAUACCAAGGAAAAGCCGUACGCAUGCGAGUUUUGCCACGAAGCAUUCACCCGUACCGACCUGCUCCAACGUCACAUCACCCGCUACCAC